GUGUCGUCUCUGUCGUGAUCGUGAUCGAUUGACGGUAUCGUCGGCGACUUAACUGACGCGGCAAUCUUUCUUCCAGCUACCGCCGCCGCUGCAAUGGCAAGGAUCACUAUGAAGUGGUACCCUUCUUUCCUUAUCCUGCACGCGCUCUCUCUAGCGAUUCUCUGUGCCUCCUCUGCCCACCCAGCCUAUGACGACGCCCCGUCGUUUGGAGUUGCCGUUUCCACCGCCGGCCGAGAGGCCGAGCUAGUGGCUGUGAGGAGGGAGGAGUAUGACGGCGGGAGGAUCAUCGACAUCUCCCACUACUACAGGGAUGACAUGCCGGCGUGGGAGUCGGCGGAAGGGGUGGGGCAGUUUCUGAGGCUUCUUAAAUCCAUGGACAACGGUUCGCUCGCCAAUUUCUCCGAAAUGAUGCUUCCCACCCACACGGGCACCCACGUUGACGCCCCCGGCCAUGUCUUCCAGCACUAUUUCGAGGCUGGGUUCGACGUAGAUACCUUGGAUCUGGAAGUCCUCAAUGGUUGGAUCUCUUCCUCUCUUGGUCCUGCUUUGUUGGUUGAUGUUCCAAGAGACAAGAAUAUAACAGCUGAAGCAAUGGAGUCCCUGCAUAUUCCAAGAGGAGUUCGACGUGUGCUUUUCAGGACACUGAAUACUGAUAAGGAACUCAUGUGGAAGAAAGAGUUUGAUACAAGCUAUGUUGGGUUUAUGAAGGAUGGUGCACAAUGGCUGGUUGAUAACACUGAUAUUAAAUUUGUUGGUAUUGAUUACUUGUCAAUUGCUGCAUUUGAUGAUCUGAUCCCGUCUCAUCUGGUUUUACUUAAAAAGAGGGAUAUCAUCAUCGUUGAAGGCUUAAAACUAGAAAAUGUUCAGCCUGGACUCUACGACUUACAUUGUUUACCUCUGAGGUUGCGUGGUGCAGAGGGCUCACCAAUUAGGUGCAUUCUUAUCAAAUAACUUGCUUCAGUAUAAGUACUUUCUACUUGAUUCUGUGUUUCUUUUGGUGGUCUCUGUAUAUAUGCCCUUGAAAAAAUAACACUAUGACUAAAUAAUACUAUACAUUGCUAUCCUUUGUAAGAAUCGAUAGUAUAUCUAAAACACUUAUUAAGAAUUAUUGGCUCUUUUUCCUCUCUAUGAAUGAAUCAGGCACAAGCAAAAGAAAGGAGCAAGUAUUUCUAAUA